CCGGGAUCCAUCCGGUUCACUUAGUUCUUAUCUUAACCAUGUAUGUGCAGAACUCCCCGCCAAUGAAGGAAAUGGGAUUUGAUAUUGGCUUUGCAUUAGCCUCUGACAAGUGGGGGAAAUAGCCCCAUGAAGAACCUAAACUGCACAUAGAUAUAUGAAAAAUUGUACAAAAAUGGGAAGAAGUCACCCCCCGGUCGAGCACACGAUCUCCUACUUUACGUUUGACACUAUCGAUUGUAGUCUCAAGCAAGAUGCCUGCCCAUACCGCAGAAUACCCCUCGUUUGACGAAGUUGGUCCAUCACCCAUUACAGAGAAAAAGGGCUUCCACGACAAUGUGGGAUCGUACGAUGUGGAGAACACGGCCGGCCAGCUGGAGGAGGUGCAUGACUUCAAACAAGGCCUCCACCAGCGACAUAUUCAGAUGAUCGCGCUGGCUGGUACCAUCGGAACUGGUCUUUUCCUGGGCUCUGGACGAGCCAUCGCAACAGCAGGGCCUCUUGGAGCCUUUCUCGGAUACUCCAUCAUUGGUCUCACGGUGUCGAGCGUUGUGUUCGGUGUUGGAGAAAUGGGUGCCCUAGCCCCCCUCACAGGAGGUGCCAUUCGAUACCUAGAACUCUUCUGCGAUCCUGCCUUGUCUUUUGCCAUUGGGUGGAACCAUGUAUACUCCUACGUUGUAUCAAUUCCAUCCGAGAUCGUGGCAGCUGCCGUUAUUGUUGAGUUCUGGGCUACGAUCAACAACGCGAUAUGGAUAACUGUGUUCGGUGUGCUCAUGCUUAUCACGGCGCUCCUCUUUGUCCGUAUAUACGGAGAGCUGGAGUUUGGCUUCUCCAUGCUGAAGAUCAUGCUAGUCAUUGGAAUCAAUAUCAUGGCCUUGGUCAUCACAUGUGGUGGAGGUCCCGACCAUAAAGCCAUCGGAUUCAGUUACUGGAAGAACCCCGGCCCGUUCGUACAAUACCUAGGAGUCGGUGGCUCAUUAGGCCGCUUCAUGGGAUUCUGGACCACAUUCGACAACGCUCUCUAUGCAUACUCCGGCAUCGACAACAUCACGGUCGCUGCCGCUGAAACACGCAACCCUCGACAUGCAAUCCCGCAAGCCGCGCGACGGAUCUUCGUUCGAAUCUUCCUCUUCUACAUCUUGACAAUAUUCAUGGUCGGCCUAGUCGUACCCUCCAACGAUCCCAACCUACUCGGCUCAACAAGCACAGCAGCCCACUCACCCUUCGUCAUCGCCGCCCGCAACGCAGGCAUCUCGGCAGUGCCAUCCAUCAUCAACGCCGUCGUCCUCACCUCCGCCUGGUCAUCAGGCAAUUCGAACAUGCUCGGUGGCUCCCGAAUCCUCUACGGUAUGGCCUGCAACGGGCACGCCCCGAAGAUUUUCAAACGCAUGAACCGUUUCGGCGUCCCAUACGUCUCCGUCGCCCUGUACGGCCUCUUUAUGGCCCUAGGCUACAUGACCCUCUCCGACUCGGCAAGUACAGUCUUCACCUGGUUACAGGAUAUCGUCGCCAUAUCCACGCUAGUCAAUUGGGUCUGUAUCUGUAUCGUCUACCUCCGUUUCUACUACGGAUGCAAGAAGCAAGGGAUCGAUCGUCAUAAGGAAUUGCCGUGGGCGGCACCGUUCCAGCCCUGGAGUACGUGGUGCUCGUUGAUCUUACUGGUUAUUCUUUUCUUUACGGGUGGUUAUAAGACGUUCAUGCAUGGACAUUGGGAUACUGAGACUUUUAUCUCGUCGUAUCUGAAUGGGCCGCUUAUUUUGGGUAUUUACCUGGGUUACAAGUUUGUCAAGAAGACGAGGAUUAUUCCGUUAGAGGAGAUUCCUAUUCGGCCUUUUAUUGAGAAUUAUCAGAAUAACCCGGAGCCGGAACCGAGGCCGAAGAAGGGGCUGAGAAGGUUGAAUAUUUUGUGGUCUUAG